GUCUGGCCGCCAUCCAGACCUUCCUGCGCAUCUGUGCGGUGGAGCGCUCGCUCCCUAGGGACCCCGCCUCACAAGAGAUGCCACCAGUUAAAACAGCAUUCCUAAGUGGCCUUCCAAAUCCUGCCUUGCAACUGCCUGAAGAAUAUCUGCCUAAGGGGAAAACCGCCGGCUGUCAGGACCUGAAGGGGGCCCUGUUGGAAGGCAAAUCCAUCUUCCUUCCGCCUGUGGAGAAUCUGGACCAGCGGGACCAGAGGAAGUCAUUGGACUCGGCGGAGCACUGGCCCAGUGAGGAGGAAAUCAGGCGCUUCUGGAAACUCAGGCAGGAGAUUGUCGAAAAUGAAAAAGCUGAAGUUCUCGAGAAUCAGCUCCUGCCGGCCAAAUUGCCUCCAAAUCUCACGGCAGCAUUGAACAGUGAGAAAGAACGUCCGAAGCCAAGACACAUUUCCAGAAGGAAGAUCCCCUCCUUCAAGAACACCUUACCUCAUCUCUCAUCAUCGUACCAGACGGUGAUUCAAGCAAGAACACUGGAGGAAAGCCGGACAGCAGCCCUGGGGCAGCUCCGGGAGAAGCAGGCUCCGAUGGGGCAGCAGCGGCGGCGGCGAGACUGCAGAGUACAGCGGGAGUGGCAGGAGCAGACCCCGGUGAUGAAGAAGCACACGGAAGAACUCAGUCAACGCCUGCCACCGCAAAAGAUUGUGGUAUGGCCCACAGACACCGUGGUGGCUCUGCCACCUCCAGCCCCAGCUUGCAUCCCUCCCUGCAGACAGGUCAUAGGCAAGUCUGACUGA